UGCGAUCGAAAUUUUUUUGAGAAAAGUAUAAUAUUAUUGUUUAUAAUGUGCAAAAUACUGUGAUUUUUCAAGAAUAUAAGAGUUAUUUAGAUAAUUUAAUGCAAAAGAAAUAAUAUAUAAACAUGUGUUACAUGUAAAACGUUUUUAUUAAAUAAGUAACCAUAAAGCAUAGAGUGCGCUCAAAACUCAACCACUUGUUAACAUUUUCAAUGCAGCCACAAAACCGAACGGAAAGAGUUAAUUCAUUUCGUGUAAAAUGAAGAGAAUGUCCUGUCAUGUCACGUCGUAUUUAAUAUUCCUUUUGUUACGUUCUUUUACUAAAGCGGCAAAUACUGAUAGCUGUUUAGUAAGUCGUCGUCAGGUUCCAUAUCAUACCGAAGAGCUGUCAGACGACGAGUUCAACACCUUUAACUCUCUAUCCGAUAUUUCACAUUUAAAGGAAGCCGCCAAACAAAUACUUAUACCUCGUGUGGUUGGCACUAAUGGCCAUAAACAGGUUCGCCAAUAUAUCGUCAGAAGCCUUCGCGAUCUCGGCUGGUCGGUAGAAUUGCACAAAUUUCAUGAUACAGUGCCGAUUUUAGGACAAUUGCAAUUUCAAAACAUUAUUGCUUCGUUAAACCCAGAGGCUGAUCGGUACUUAAUAUUAAGCUGUCACUAUGACAGCAAAUACAUGGGAGAUUUGCAAUUUGUGGGAGCCACCGAUUCGGCGGUGCCUUGUGCAAUGCUUUUGAAUUUAGCAAAAGUCCUGAAAGUUCAUUUAGCUGCUUUCCGCAAUACGUCUCUCAGUUUGAUGAUGAUAUUUUUUGAUGGUGAGGAGGCUUUCGAGGAAUGGUUGCCGGAAGACUCUCUAUACGGUUCGCGGCGCCUCGCACGGAAAUGGGAAACUGAAGGCUUUCUCGAUAAAAUUGAUAUAUUAAUGCUUUUGGACUUGUUAGGUUCCCCUGAUCCGACCUUUUAUAAUUUCUUUAGCAACACAGAGUCCUGGUAUUCGCAUUUGUUGUCGCUAGAGGAACGUUUGAUAAAGGCGGGAUUUUCAGCAUAUGCUAAUAGCGGUAUCAGUCAACUACAACCUCAGCGUUAUUUUCAAGCGCAAACGUUGCGAACGGCUUAUCUAGAAGAUGACCACACGCCGUUUUUAAAACGUGGUGUACCUAUCCUACACAUAAUACCAUUACCGUUCCCACCAUUCUGGCAUACCAUCGAAGAUAACGAAUCGGUUAUUGAUUUUGUAACAACUGAAAAUUUGGCCCGCAUUGUACGUUUGUUUACCAUGCAGUAUUUGUUGGGUGAUAUUAAGAAAAAGAAAACCUAGCAAAAUAAUGAUAUGAAAUAAUCUGAAAAGAUCUUCUAAAUUCAACCUUUUUUUAAAAGGCAAAAAGAAGCUAACUUUUAAUAAAUUAUUUUCAUUGCACACUAAAAGUUACAAGAUAAAAACUAUUUUUAAAAAGAGCCAAAAUGUGAUGAACUGAACAAACUUUU